AUUUUUCAUUAUACUCCACAGGCUGACCAAUCAUUGACACCGGGAUCAGCAGCUCAUCCGGCUAAAACUCAGGCAUCAAAAGUCCCGCGAAUCAAACCAAAACCUCGAGUAAAUCAUACAUCAAACUCUCACGCGACUCAAAAUGUUACCAAGCAAUCGGAGAAGCCAAAAGCCGUUGCCCAGCUCUGUUUUACUCAACUGGAAAGCAAAGAUUGGGAGGUGAUAAUCAAGGGAUUGAAGUCUCUCUCCCAAAUCGCACGACAAAAUCCCGCGCAGCUAGAGUUAUGUGGGCCAGGAACUCUAGGACGGGUUCUUGGACGACACGUACGAAAUCUUCGUUCCCAAGUUUCUCGAGCGGCUUGUUUGGCUGCCGGUGAUGUAUUUCUGGCCCAGCCCAAAGGCAUUGAGCAGGAAAUCGACGACAUAGCGGGACCGUUACUCCAUAGAACAGCUGACACAAACAAAUUUCUUCGGGCAGACAGCAACGCCGCGUUAGACCAUCUGAUCGAGUCAAUUUCGCCCCAUAAAACGAUAGGUGUAAUCGUUAAUCGCGGAGGAAUGCACCAGAAUGCAAUUGUUCGGGCAACAACGGGGAGGCUUUUGUCAAAUAUCGUAGACCGCAUCGGAGUUGAUCAAGCGAUGAAUUUACCUCGUGAAGCUCGUGACAAAAUUUUAGUCACAGGUGCCAAGCUGUUAAUAGACGGCAACUUGGACGCAAGAAAUCACGCGAAGAAAAUAUUUCGAGGCCUUUCGCACUGCGAGGGAUUCCACAAGGCAUUGACGGACGCCGUACCGGAAACCACGCUCCGUCACAUCGACAAAACGUUGAGGACUUUGUAAUCAUCAAUUACAUCCACGGCAACUCACAUCCUAAUGCGCCUAUGAAAUAUUUACGGGGUUGCAAUUUUCAUUCUACUGAUAUUUGUAAAAAAAAAAAAAAACAAAAACAAAAAAAAUUAUCCAACUACGGUCGUGACUCACUAAUCGGCACCGGCCUUGUACGGAUAUGUGGUCCUUCGAAUUUUGUAAUUUUUUCAUUGUUCGCCGAGAGGUCAAGUACCGAAGAACCAGUAAAUUAGGAUUUUUUUCUUGCCUCGAAAACAACGCGCGGCAAUUGGUAAUCAACCGUUGAGGUUGAGAAUUCUUUCCGUCCAAAAGGGUUUCAAGAAUGCUCACAUUCGUGGUGAAUUUUUUCCAAGAGUUUAUGAUGUCCUGCUUCACCGACUCGAUUUAAAGUGAGUUGCAUGAAGCACGUUGCAAUUCAACGAGAUAAAAAAGUUCACUUAUUGUGGCAAUGAUGCUAUUCCAGGAUGGAAUAAUAUUCUGUUGCGACGCAAGUGAUUUUAUUUCAUGUAUUACUCUUAUACGUACGUCCGAUAAUGAAUCGUAGCAAGCCAAUUGUAUUUUUAUCUAUGUAUUUGUUUAUUUUCAGCAUGAAAACGUUUUUACGCAAUAUACUUAUACUCAAAAUUGAAAUGUCCGUCAUACGUGAUCAUAUGGAACGACGUAUUUGUGAGACGUGUGAAAAUUGUGAUUGAUUGGAUGAAUCUAGCGGAGAGAGGAAAUUAUUUUAACAUACGAAACGUUAUAGAUUGUUUAAUGAUUUUAUCAAACUUAACAGGCGGAGCCUUAUGUUAUUUAUUAUUAAUUAUAUUUCGCAUUUAUUGUAAUGCAUAAAUUUUAUCGAGUAUAUUAUAUUAGAACCGUUCAAUGAAGUGAUGAAAAUAUAAUGUGUAAUUAUUU